AUGAAAGUGCUGGUAUGCAUGAUUUUGGUGGCGUCCGUGUUUGAUGUCAUUCUAAGUGCUCCCCUGGAUGGGCUGCAGCAAACGGUGGCAGUUGAUGGUGGAGAAAAACGGCAGGAUAAGCGUGGCAUUGGACUUGCGUACACCGGGCUAUCUGGCUUUGGUGGUUAUGAUACAUCGCUCGGGUUGGCUGGUUAUCCUGCCACCGCGUACAUCACACCGACUGUAAUCAAAUCAACGUACACCGUUCCAGCGGCAGCCACGUACCAUACGGCAGCCUACGAUGCAGCCCAUAGUAAGUUCGCCUAUGGUGGAUUUUAUCCAGCCAGCUACGGUGCGUUCAGUACGGGAGGAUACGGUGCAUUCGCAGCUCCGGCCAGCUAUAGCAAGAUCGUUCACCCUGCCACUAGCACAUACACUAAGGUCAUCCAAACUUAUCCGUCAGCGACGCUGGUAGCGGCGGGAACACCGGCAGUUACAGGCUACACUGGUGUGGGCAGUCUUGGGGGAUACGUUUACUAG